AUGAAGAAGAGGUGCAACUACGUAAUUUAUUGUUCUACUGUCACGUUUACUGAAGAUGAGGAUGCAUGCGUUACGUGGGAGCCAAACGCACCGGUGAGAGUGGCACCACAGCUGCAACAGGGUGAAUGCUGUUUCGACGAUGGUGGGAAGAACACUACGUACCGUAAUGGCUGUAAUGGCACUCUGCUAACCUCGAAAAGGGCCUCGCACUUAUACUUUGGCGGCGAGGGGGCGGAGGGCGCAGAGCCCAGCCAUCGUGUGGCGGAGGCCAACGUCCUGCUGCACAACCGCGUGCUGACCUGCGGCUGA